AUGAGGCUGAAGCCAACGGAGUUUGACGGUUCCGGAGACGCGCUGGAUUUUCUCGAGGAGGUUGAGCAGAAUGCUCGGCGACUACAGGCUACGGAGCGUCAGACCGUCGUUCUUGUAGAGAUGUCUAUGAAGGGUUCAGCUGGGAACUGGUUUCGUAGUUCUGUUCAUGCUGACAUGGCUACCAUCUCUUGGGCUCAGUUUGUGGCGAGAUUCAGAGCUUUUUUCUUGCCGUUUUCAGUGACAGAGGGUCACAGAGACAGAUUGCUUUCACUUACUAGGGAUGAUAGGUCAGUAUCCGAGUACACGACAGAGUUCGUGAGGUUGGGUCGGUUCGCGCCGGACUUGCAGACAGAUCAGGAGAGGGUGAACAACAGAUACGUGAAAGGAUUAGGGCGCGAUUUUGUGAGUUUGCUGACUGAGACACGCAGGGAUUUUACGGACGUAGUAGACAGUGCUCGGCGUAUGGAGAGCUCGUUACUGCAGUUUGGGGAUAUUUCUGGUCCUUCUCAGACCAAGAAGUCUUCUGGCCCUGGACAGCAGAGUGGUGGUGGUAGCUACCAAUCGGCACCUUCUCAGUACAAGAACAAGAAGAGGGGUGUCAAGAAGAGUUAUCAGCCGUACACCUACAGUUCAGGCAACAGCGGUAGCAGCCGCAGUUUUGGGCGCGGUAACAGCGGAGGUGCUAGUUUUCCUUUCUGUCAGAACUGCAGACGUCGACAUCCAGGCGAGUGUCGCUUAGCACCAGGGGGUUGUUUUACUUGUGGCCAGCCGGGUCACUUUGCCAGAGAGUGUCAGGCAUCUGGACAGCAGAUGUCGGCAGCUAGUGUCGCUCAACCAUCCUAUCAGAGUCAGAGACCAGUGUUCUCUGCACCAGCAGGGUUUUCUCAACCUGCUGCUUCUUUUGGUGGCCAGCGGGGCCGAGGUUCUGGAGGGCGUGGUUUUGGAGGCCGUGGCAACGGCGGUAGAGGUUCUAGCAGCUAUGGUACCGGGCAGAGCUCUCAGCAGCAGAGUCAAGGUCAGGCCAGAGUUUUUGCCUUGACUCCUCAGGAUGCUCAUGCAUCUAACGCAGUGGUGCAAGGUACUCUUCAGAUCUCUUUCGUAGAUGCACUUGUUUUAUUUGAUGCGGGUGCAACCCAUUCUUUUGUGUCUACGUGUUUUGCUGCUAAGUUGGGUGUAACACCAACAAGUCUGAGUGAACCUUUAUCUGUUUCUACUCCCUUGUCUGACUGUGUGGUGGUGGAUGUUGUGUAUCCAUCGUGUUCCGUGGUUAUCCAUGGAAGAGACUUGCGUGCUGACUUAGUUGUUUUGGAUGUUCUUUCAUUUGACGUGAUUUUGGGGAUGGAUUGGCUGGCACGCCAUUAUGCUUCGAUCGACUGUCGAGGGAAGUCGGUUGAGUUUCGGAUUCCAGGUGAUCUACCCUUUUCUUUUCAAGGGGAAAAGGCGGAGACACCGAAGAAUCUGAUUUCUGCGAUCAAGGCAAAGCGGAUGAUGAGUAAGGGCUGUCAAGCUUUCUUAGCGGUGGUUAGAGACAUGGAUGCUGAGGUGGACAGUAUGAACACUGUCCCUAUAGUGAAUGAGUUCACUGAUGUUUUUCCAGAGGAGUUGCCUGGAUUACCACCUGAUCGGGAUAUCGAGUUUUGCAUUGACGUUGUUCCUGGAACUGGUCCUAUUUCGAUACCGCCGUAUCGGAUGGCUCCUGCUGAGCUGAAGGAGUUAAAGGAGCAGUUACAAGAACUUCUGGACAGUGGCUUCAUCAGACCGAGUACUUCUCCAUGGGGUGCUCCAGUUCUGUUUGUUAAGAAGAAGGAUGGUUCCUUUCGACUUUGUAUCGACUACAGACAGUUGAACAAGGCUACCAUCAAGAACAGAUAUCCUCUUCCUCGCAUCGACGAUUUGUUUGAUCAGUUGCAAGGUGCGAAGUGCUUUUCCAAGAUUGACUUGAGAUCCGGGUAUCAUCAACUUCGGAUUCGGGAUGUCGAUGUGCCUAAGACUGCUUUCAGAACGCGUUAUGGGCAUUUCGAGUUUCUGGUCAUGUCGUUUGGGUUGACUAACGCACCAGCAGCGUUUAUGGACAUGAUGAAUCGGGUUUUCAAGCCGUUUUUGGAUCAGUUUGUUAUCGUCUUCAUUGAUGACAUCCUGAUUUAUUCUCGGAGUGAGGAGGAGCAUGCUUAUCACUUGAGGACUAUACUACAGACCUGGCGAGAGCAUCAGUUGUAUGCUAAGUUCUCAAAGUGCGAGUUUUGGCUGGAACAAGUUACCUUCUUAGGACACGUGGUGUCGAAGGAUGGGAUCAAGGUUGAUCCGAAGAAGAUUGAGGCGGUUAUGGAUUGGCAGAGGCCGAGGUCAGUUACCGAGAUCAGGAGUUUUCUUGGGUUAGCUGGCUACUACCGUCGGUUCGUGCAGGAUUUUUCUCGAAUAUCUGCACCUUUGACUAAGCUGACACAGAAGGGUGUUAAGUUUGAGUGGACCGACAAGUGUGAGGCAAGUUUCGAGAAGCUGAAGGAGAUUCUGACUACAGCUCCUGUUUUGGCGUUGCCUUCUGGCAUUGAGGGUUUUACUGUGUACUGCGAUGCUUCUCGGAUUGGCUUAGGUUGCGUGUUGAUGCAACAUGGACAGGUGAUCGCCUAUGCUUCUCGUCAGCUGAAGAAGCAUGAGGUGAAUUACCCUACACAUGACCUGGAGUUAGCUGCUGUAGUUUUUGCUCUGAAGAUCUGGAGGCACUACUUGUACGGUGCGACUUGCGAGAUCUUCACUGAUCACAAGAGUCUGAAGUACAUCUUUGAUCAGCGAGAGUUGAAUCUGAGACAGAGGAGGUGGCUAGAGUUGCUGAAAGACUACGACUGUACUAUUCAGUAUCAUCCUGGUAAGGCUAAUGUGGUGGCCGAUGCAUUGAGUCGCAAGUCUUCGGGCAGCUUAGCCCAUAUUUCUGAGGUUGGACGUAGACCCAUGGUUCGAGAGUGGCAUGGUUUGAUAGCUUCGGGCUACGGUUUUCAGGUUUCUCAGAACGGGAGUUUGUUGGCACAUCUGCAAGUGCAGCCGGUUUUGAUUGGUAUAAAAGGCCCAUUUGCUUAA